AUGGCCGGAGAGACGCUGAGAAAGAUACAGUCCCUGCUCAGCGAGAUGGUUGCCUCCUUUAUUUUCGGGUUCGCUGUUUAUUCCGCUAUUUUAGGGUCCACUAUCGCACAGCAGCCCGCAGCCAAAGUCAUCAUUGGGUUGACAGUUGGAUUUUCUGCUAUCGGAAUAAUAUACUCCUUCAGCGAUGUAACCAUUGCACACUUCAACCCUGCAAUCACCCUCGCAGCAAUACUCACAGGCAAAAUGGGGAUCCUUUGCGGACUGGGAUACAUGCUAGCUCAGUGUGUAGGGUUCAUACUUGCCGUAUGUGCUCUCCUUGUAUGCUCUCCUGUAGGAUACAAGGAAACGCUGAACGUGAUAAGGCCGGCGCCUGCUCCUUUUGGGGCAGACAACCUCAAUGUCUUUUUCACUGAGUUCUUCCUCACAGCAAUUCUUGUCCAUAUUGCAUUUGCAGUUGCCGUGAAUCCAUACAGGCCAAAGGUUGACACUGAUGGAAAGUUUGUGGACCCAGAUGAGAAGGAGCCUGUAGAUCGUAGGAUCACGGCCCCCUUGUGCAUAGGGCUAACACUUGGAUUCCUUGCAUUUAUGGGCCUAGUAACUUCUGGAGGUGCAUUCAACCCGGGCCUUACGCUUGCCCCUGUAAUAAUGUCAAACACAUGGCAGCACUUCUGGCUUUAUCUUGGAGCCCAGUACCUGGGAGGCCUUGCGGGAGGAUUACUUCAAGUGUUUGUGUUAUAUAAGCUUAGCUCCAACUAG